UUUCCCAGGAACCGCUAGUAGGGCUAUCUAGUGGUAUUAGUUUUUAUUUCACGGACUGUUUUUGCUCAUAAAGAGGAUUUAGAGUGUCUUUUAUGAGUAAUCAAAGGCAGCAGAAGCCGACGCUAACAGGCCAGCGUUUCAAAACCCGAAAAAGAGAUGAAAAGGAGAGGUUUGACCCUUCCCAGUUUCAGGAAAGCAUCAUACAAGGUCUGAACCAAACUGGCACUGAUUUGGAAGCUGUCGCAAAGUUCCUUGAUGCCUCUGGUGCCAAGCUUGACUACCGCCGCUAUGCUGAGACUCUGUUCGACAUCCUGGUGGCUGGUGGAAUGCUGGCCCCAGGAGGUACCCUGUCAGAUGACGUGACGUGCACUGAGUUCUGUCUUUUCAAAGCACAAGAGGACAUGGAGACCAUGCAAGCAUAUGCGCAGGUCUUUAACAAGCUAAUCAGACGCUACAAAUACUUGGAGAAAGGUUUUGAGGAGGAGAUUAAAAAGCUGCUGCUGUUUCUCAAGGGCUUCACAGAGUCUGAGCGCAACAAGCUGGCCAUGCUAACAGGGAUUCUGCUGGCCAACGGCAAUCUCUCUGCAUCCAUUCUUAGCAGCCUCUUCAAUGAGAACCUAGUCAAAGAAGGUGUUUCGGCAUGCUUUGCGGUAAAACUCUUCAAAUCUUGGCUUUCUGAAAAGGACAUCGGCUCUGUUGCUGCCAGUCUCCGAAAGGUUGGCAUGGACAACAGACUCAUGGAGCUGUUCCCUGCCAACAAGCGCAGUUGUGAGCACUUCUCGAAGUACUUCACAGAUGCCGGGCUCAAGGAGAUUUCAGACUUUGCGAAAAACCAGCAGUCCAUAGGUGCUCGCAAGGAGCUGCAGAAAGAGCUUCAGGAGCAGAUGUCACGUGGGGACCCCCUCAAAGAUAUCAUCGCCUACGUCCGAGAGGAAAUCAAGAAGAACAACAUCUCCGAGCAGACGAUGAUUGGACUAAUUUGGUCCAGUGUAAUGAGCUCUGUGGAGUGGAACAAGAAGGAGGAGCUGGUCACAGAACAAGCCAUCAAACUUUUAAAGCAAUACAGCCCACUGUUGAAGGCUUUUACUUCCCAGGGCCUCUCUGAACUUACUCUCCUGCUGAAGAUCCAGGAGUACUGUUAUGAUAACAUCCACUUCAUGAAGGCCUUCCAGAAAAUUGUUGUUCUGCUCUACAAAGCGGACGUCUUGAGUGAGGAGGCAAUUCUGAAGUGGUACAACGAAGCCCAUCUUGCCAAAGGAAAGAGUGUUUUCCUGGAGCAGAUGAAGAAGUUUGUUGAAUGGCUCAAGAACGCAGAGGAAGAGUCCGAGUCUGAGGAAGAGGAGGCAGACUGAGGACUUCUAGCUGUAACUACCAUGUUGAUUUGUAUUUUUACAUAAACAUAGCACCAGAUGCAGUAGAAGGAUUUGUUACAGAAGUCUGUCUACACUUGGUUUCCUUUUCUAUUCCCUACCUCCUCAUAUCUAGUUCAACUGUAAUGUAAGGGCUUUAAUAUUGUUUUUAUUUUCAACAUGUCUCUUCUCUGAAUCAAUACUUUAUACUCCUGGAGGAGCCGGUCACAGUGCCACAUUUAACUAAAUAGACUGAAAGCGCCCUUUAAGUAACAAAGGGGGCCUUUUUUUGGGAUAGAUGGUUCCCUUUAAAAUUAAGAGUUUGGAGGCAUAUUUCACAGCUAUUGUAUUUAGUCAUGGAACUCUUCUUUGCCAGAGGUCCAUCUGUGCAGCCAUGAUAUCAUGGUCCCCUGAAAGGCAAACUGUUUUUGUAACCUCAUUUCACAUUUCUGCCAAUUAUGUGACAACUUCUGAAUUUUUUGCCAGUUUUUAGAUUGUGUCUCCAUUAUUGACGAUGGAGAUGUGCCAUUUUAAACAGCAAUGGUGAAGGUUGCAAUGCCCCUUGAAAUUAACUUUAAUUGUUCUAUACAUCUUAUGUAACAGAACCAUGUCGCUUUGUAGUUUUUUUUUUUCC